AUGAAAGCGCUGGCCCAGUGCAAGACCCGGCUGUCGCGGGUCCUGGGCCCCGAGGAUCGCGCCGACCUCACCAUGGGCAUGUUCCGGCGCGUCAUCAUGGCCAUCCGCGCCGCAGGAGUCGACCCCUUCUGGGUGGUCGGUGGUGACGAACGGGUCCGCAACCUCUCUCGCAGCCUCGGAGCCAACUGGAUGGAGGACUUGGGCCGCAACCUUAAUGACACCAUCACCAAGUCCUUUGAAACUGCCCGCCUGCGCGGCGUGUCCGCCCUCUAUCUGCCCGGUGACCUGCCCUUCAUCAAGCCCGGCGACAUUCACCAGCUGAUCCGCAGCGCCGAGCACCAGCACAACGUGACCCUUUCCCCCGCCCGGCGUGAUGGCGGCACCAAUGCCAUCCUGGUCCCCUACGACCUGAUACCCUAUUUCCGCCCGGAACUCGGCAACAACAGCUUCCGGAAGCACGUCGGCACCGCCGCGCGCAUGGGUGUCUCCGUGGCUUUCUAUUACAGCCAGGGCAUGGGGUUCGACCUGGAUGACGGCUCCGACAUCGAAGAAUAUGAACACAUGGAGCCGGGCCUGCUCACGCGUCUACUCGGCCGCGAACCUAAAUCCCUCAACCUCACCAGCCUGGAGCUCCGCUAA